AUGGCAUAUUCAAGAUUGACAGGUGAACAAUUAAAUAUUGUAAACUUUGCAAAAAGUGGCCAUAAUCUUUGCAUAUUUGGCCAAGCGGGAGUUGGAAAAUCAACGGUCGUGCAAGAGAUUAGAAGAAGUAUGCAGGAGGAGGGAAAAUGGUGCCAAAUUGUAUGUGCAAGUGGCAUCGCAUGUGGAGCAUAUGAUGGAUAUGCAAAAACCGUGCACUCGCACUAUGGUUUGCAAAUUGCAGAACUGCCGCAAAAUUUGUUAUUGGAACGGUCCCUUGAACGAGCAAACAUUAUAGAACAGAUUAAAAAGGUCGACGUUUUAAUUUGGGACGAAGUUUCAAUGUCAAGUCUACGUCUUUUCAACUUGGUAAAUCUUCUUCAUCAAGAAACAUCAGAAAGCUCUUUUCCUUUUGGCGGUAUCCAAGUCAUUCUAGUAGGUGACUUUUGGCAAUUAAAGCCAAUUCAAAGUGGAUUAGACAAUGGAGACCCAGUUUAUGAGUCAAAGUUGUUCGGAGAAGUCUUUUCCCACAGGUUUGAGCUAACUAAAGUAUUGCGUCAAAAUUUAUCGGAAGUACGUUUGAAGGAAGCACUUAAUGUGAUCAGAUAUGGCAAUUGUGAUGACGAUACUGAGCGAUAUCUUUGUUCCUUAUCCAGGGACUUUCCACCCAGCCUUAAUGUCGCCCCUGCAUCCAGUUCUACUCAUUCAUCUUCACCAGUUCAUAUAUUUUUCAAGCGCUUACCUGCUGAUGUGCACAAUGCAGCAAUGUUAGCUUCUCUUCCCGGUCCAAAGUUAACCUUCAAGAGCAGUGACGUUGGAUGCGCUAAUUUACUUGACCGAACAAUCAGCCAAGUUCUACACUUCAAACCAGGAUGUAGAGUUAUGUUAGUGUACAACAUCAAUCAACAUCUAAAAAAUGGGAUUUGUGGUACGUUUGUUGAGGUUGGAGAGAGUGGCGAGGAGUUGCUAGUAGAUUUUUCUGGCGUGGCGUAUUCCGGAAAGUUUGGUAUAAGUAUGAUCUCUCAGGAACAAUACAAGCCAGUCGUACACAGUUCCCUUUAA